UCCGGCUCCCAGCGGUGGUUAUGCGCUGCCGGGACCGGCUCUGAGGGAGUGUGCGGACAAAGGCUGCGGGCCGGUGCCGGCGCUGGGGCGCGAUGGAGCGGCGCGGUGGCUGAGGCGGCUCGGUGGGGCCGAGCCGAGCCGGGCCGGGAGGCAGCGGCACAUGGUGCACGGCUGGGGCCUGGCGCUGCGCACCCUCGGGCGGGCCGAGGGGCCACCAUGGACAACUUCUUGGCGGAGGGGUCUCGGGUCUGGCUGCGAGAAAAUAAUCAGCAUUAUCCCAGUACUGUGCAUUCCUGUGCGGAAGGAGUCGUCGUAUUCAGGACAGACUAUGGUCAGGUAUUCACUUACAAGCAGAGCACUAUCACACACCAAAAAGUAACGCCUAUGCAUCAAACAAGUGCAGAGAGUGUGGAAGACAUGGCAGCACUUGUAGAUCUCCACGAAGGCUCCAUUAUGCACAACUUAUUUCAGCGAUAUCAGCAAGAUAAAAUCUAUACCUACAUUGGCUCCAUAGUUGCCUCUGUGAACCCUUACAAGAGCAUCCCAGGACUGUACGAUUGUGCUGCCAUGGAGCGAUACAGCAAGCACCACAUGGGAGAGAUCGCACCUCACAUCUUCGCUGUGGCCAACGAGUGCUACCGCUGCCUUUGGAAGCGCCAUGACAGCCAGUGCAUCCUCAUCAGUGGUGAAAGUGGUGCUGGCAAGACGGAAAGCACUAAGCUGAUUCUCAAGUUCUUGUCUGCAAUGAGCCAACAUUCGCUGGAGCUCUCCUGCAAAGAGAAGACCUCCUGUGUAGAGCAAGCUAUUCUUGAGAGCAGCCCAAUUAUGGAGGCUUUUGGCAAUGCAAAGACUGUUUACAACAACAACUCAAGCCGCUUUGGGAAGUUCAUUCAGCUGAACAUCUGUCAAAAAGGAAACAUUCAGGGAGGAAGAAUUAUAGAUUAUUUAUUGGAAAAAAAUCGUGUAGUAAGACAAAACCCUGGGGAAAGAAAUUAUCAUAUAUUCUAUGCUCUGCUGGCAGGGAUAGAAGAGAGAGAGAAAGAUGCUUUUUACUUGUCUGUACCGGAGAACUACCACUACCUGAAUCAGUCUGGAUGUAUAGCGGAUAAGACAAUCAGUGACAAAGAUUCUUUCAAGGAAGUCAUUACUGCAAUGGAAGUGAUGGAGUUCAGCAAGGAGGAAGUGCGAGAAGUUUUGAGGCUGUUGGCUGGCAUUUUGCAUCUAGGAAAUGUUGAGUUCAUCACUGCUGGUGGGGCACAGGUGUCCUUUAAAACAGCUCUGGGUAGAUCUGCUGAACUACUGGGUUUGGACUCUACUCAGCUAACUGAAGCGUUGACUCAGAGGUCAAUGAUACUCAGGGGAGAAGAAAUCCUAACACCUCUUAGCAUACAACAGGCAGUAGACAGCAGAGAUUCUAUGGCUAUGGCACUUUAUUCUCAGUGUUUUGCUUGGGUCAUUAAGAAAAUCAACAGCAGAAUCAGGAGCAAGGAAGACUUCAAGUCCAUUGGAAUUUUGGACAUCUUUGGAUUUGAAAACUUUGAGGUAAACCGUUUUGAGCAGUUCAAUAUUAACUAUGCGAAUGAAAAGCUUCAGGAGUAUUUCAACAAGCACAUCUUUUCCUUGGAGCAGCUGGAAUACAGCAGGGAAGGACUAAUUUGGGAGGAUAUUGACUGGACAGACAAUGGAGAAUGCUUGGAUCUUAUUGAAAAGAAACUGGGGCUGCUGGCACUCAUCAAUGAAGAGAGCCAUUUUCCUCAAGCUACUGAUGCCACAUUGCUGGAGAAGUUGAACACCCAGCAUGCAAACAAUCCUUUUUAUGUAAAACCAAGAGUUGCUGUUCACAACUUUGGAGUGAAGCACUACGCCGGGGAGGUCCAGUAUGAUGUCAGGGGGAUCUUGGAGAAGAACAGAGAUACUUUCAGAGACGAUCUUCUGAACUUGUUACGUGAAAGCAGUCUCGAUUUCAUCUAUGAUCUGUUUGAACAUGUUUCAAGUCGCAACAAUCAAGACACUCUUAAAUGUGGAAGCAAGCACCGAAAACCCACUGUCAGUCUGCAAUUCAAGGAAUCUCUUCAUUCUUUAAUGGCAACGCUGAGUUCUUCAAAUCCUUUCUUUGUUCGGUGCAUCAAACCCAACAUGCAGAAGAUGCCAGACCAGUUUGAUCAGACAGUGGUGCUCAACCAGCUGCGCUAUUCUGGGAUGUUGGAGACAGUCAGGAUUCGGAGGGCUGGUUUCCCGGUCCGGAGGCCCUUUCAGGACUUUUAUAAAAGGUAUAAAGUCCUCAUGAGAAACUUAACUCUGCCCGAAGAUGUAAAUGAGAAAUGUGCUGUCCUACUUCGUCUGUAUGACAACACAAGCACUGAAUGGCAGCUUGGAAAAAAUAAGGUGUUUCUCCGGGAGUCCUUGGAACACAAGUUGGAGAAACAGAGAGAAGUGGAAGUCACCAAGGCAGCAAUGGUUAUCCGAGCGCACAUCUUAGGUUAUGCAACCCGGAAGCGGUAUAGAAAGGUUCUCUACUGUGUGGUUGUGAUACAGAAGAACUACAGAGCAUUCAGUGGUAGGAAAAAGUUCCUGUGCCUGAAGAAAGCAGCCAUAAUCCUUCAGAAGCAGCGGCGAGGCCAGCUUGCUCGGCGUGUUUACAGAGAGCGACUAGAGGAGAAGCAGAGACAAGAGGAGGAAAGAAGAAAAGAGGAGGAAGAAAGGGAAAGACAAAGGCAAGAAGCAGAGCGUCUUGCCCAGCAGGCUGAAGAAGAGAGAAAGAAGCAGGAAUUGGCUGCCAUUCAGAAAGCCCAGAAGGAGGCAGAGCUGAAGCAAGAGGUAGAGAAGCAGAAAGAAAGCAGGCAGGUGGAAGAAAUCCUGCGGCUGGAAAAAGAAAUUGAAGACCUGCAGCGUGUGAAGAAGCAGCAGGAGCUGUCCUUGACAGAGGCUUCAUUACAGAGGCUGCAGCAGCUUCGAGAUGAGGAACUCCGGCGGCUUGAGGACGAAGCAUGUCGAGCAGCCCAGGAGUUCCUGGAAUCCCUGAACUUUGAUGAGAUUGAUGAAUGUGUCCGAAACAUUGAGAGGUCUCUCUCUGUGGGCGGUGGGUAUCCUGCUGAGCUCACUGAACAGACUGGAAAUGCCUGCAGUGAAAAACCCAAUUUUAACUUCAGCCAGCCAUAUCCUGAGGAGGAGGUAGAUGAGGGCUUUGAAGCUGAUGAUGAUGCAUUUAAGGAUUCGCCCAACCCGAGUGAGCAUGGCCAUUCUGAUCAAAGGACCAGUGGCAUCAGAACAAGCGAUGACUCCUCAGAAGAGGAUCCCUAUAUGAAUGAUACCGUGGUGCCAACAAUUCCUGCUGCUAGCAACACCAUGCUUAUACCUCCUGCCCAUGAUACAGUCAGUCUCCACAACUCUUCAAGUGGUGAAUCCACAUAUUGCAUGCCAGAAAAUGUAUCAUGUAGACCCCCAAAUUCUGUGGAACUUAUUUCUCCUGAUGGAGACUAUGAUUAUGACCAAGACGAUUAUGAAGAUGGUGCUAUUACUUCUGGUAGCAGUGUGACCUUCUCUAAUUCACACAGUAGCCAGUGGUCACCAGAUUACCGAUGCUCAGUUGGGACAUACAAUAGCUCUGGAGCAUACCGGUUCAGCUCCGAAGGAGCUCAGUCUUCUUUUGAAGACAGUGAAGAAGACUUUGACUCCAGGUUUGAUACAGAUGAUGAACUUUCCUACCGGAGGGAUUCAGUCUACAGCUGUGUCAGCCUGCCCUACUUUCACAGCUUUCUGUACAUGAAAGGUGGCUUAAUAAACACAUGGAAGCGACGCUGGUGUGUCCUGAAAGAUGAGACCUUCCUGUGGUUUCGUUCCAAGCAGGAAGCACUUAAGCAGGGUUGGCUUCACAAAAAAGGGGGUGGAUCAUCUACGCUUUCCAGAAGGAACUGGAAGAAACGAUGGUUUGUUCUCAGGCAGUCCAAGUUGAUGUAUUUCGAAAAUGACAGUGAAGAAAAGCUAAAGGGUGCCAUGGAUGUCCGAACAGCCAAAGAGAUUGUUGAUAAUACAGGAAAAGAAAAUGGUAUCGAUCUAAUAAUGGGUGAUAGGACCUACCACUUAAUUGCUGAGUCUCCUGAGGAUGCAAGCCAGUGGUUUAGCGUACUGAGUCAAGUUCAUGCAUCCACAGAGCAAGAGAUCCGAGAGAUGCAUGAUGAGCAGGCAAAUCCACAGAAUGCUGUGGGUACGCUUGAUGUAGGACUGAUUGAUUCUGUCUGUGCUGCUGACAAUCCAGAUAGGCCAAAUUCAUUUGUGAUCAUCACUGCUAAUCGUGUUCUUCACUGUAAUGCCGACACUCCUGAAGAGAUGCAUCACUGGAUAACCCUGCUCCAAAGGUCAAAGGGGGACACUAGAGUGGAGGGACAAGAAUUCAUUGUGAGGGGAUGGCUACACAAGGAAGUAAAGAACAACCCAAAGAUGUCUUCAUUAAAACUAAAGAAGCGUUGGUUUGUUUUGACGCACAAUUCUUUGGACUACUACAAGAGUUCAGAGAAAAACGCUUUGAAAUUGGGUACACUGGUUCUGAACAGCCUCUGCUCAGUAGUCCCACCUGAUGAAAAAAUCUUCAAGGAGACAGGUUAUUGGAAUGUAACUGUAUAUGGACGCAAACAUUGUUACCGUCUCUAUACAAAAUUGCUUAAUGAGGCAACCCGCUGGUCAAGUGCCAUCCAGAAUGUAAUUGACACAAAAGCGCCAAUUGAUACCCCAACUCAGCAACUUAUUCAGGAUAUUAAGGAAAACUGCCUGAAUGCUGAUGUGGUUGAACAGAUUUAUAAGAGAAACCCUAUUCUCCGCUACACUCAUCAUCCGUUGCACUCACCAUUACUGCCACUGCCAUAUGGGGACAUCAAUCUAAACUUGCUGAAAGACAAAGGCUACACAACUCUGCAAGAUGAAGCCAUCAAGAUAUUUAAUUCUUUACAGCAGCUGGAGUCUAUGUCUGAUCCCAUCCCUAUAAUCCAAGGUAUCCUCCAAACAGGACAUGAUUUACGACCUCUUCGAGAUGAGCUCUACUGUCAGCUCAUCAAGCAGACUAAUAAAGUGCCUAACCCUGGGAGCGUGGGGAACCUCUACAGUUGGCAAAUACUCACCUGCAUGAGUUGCACAUUCCUGCCGAGUCGCAGCAUCCUCAAAUAUCUGAAGUUCCAUCUCAAAAGGGUUCGUGACCAGUUUCCAGGAACUGAAAUGGAGAAAUAUGCACUUUUUACUUAUGAAUCUCUGAAGAAAACCAAAUGCAGGGAGUUUGUACCAUCGCGGGAUGAAAUAGAAGCUCUGAUCAGCAGGCAGGAGAUGACAUCCACAGUUUAUUGCCAUGGUGGGGGCUCCUGUAAGAUUACAAUCAACUCGCACACUACAGCUGGAGAGGUGGUUGAAAAGUUAAUUCGCGGCUUGGCCAUGGAGGAUAGCAGAAACAUGUUUGCUUUGUUUGAAUACAAUGGAACUACAGAUAAAGCAAUUGAAAGCAGAACCAUUGUGGCUGAUGUCUUGGCAAAGUUUGAAAAGCUUGCUGCCACUGCUGAAGCUGGGGAGAUGCACUGGAAGUUCUACUUCAAGCUCUACUGCUUCCUGGACACAGAAAAUGUUCCAAAAGAUAGCGUGGAAUUUGCCUUUAUGUUUGAGCAGGCUCAUGAAGCAGUGAUUAGAGGACAUUACCCUGCCCCUGAAGAAACUCUCCAGGUCCUAGCAGCUUUGCGUCUUCAGUACCUCCAGGGAGAUUACACUCUGCAUACCACUGUGCCAGAAAUGGAGGAAGUCUAUCCCUUGCAAAAGCUGAAGUCUCGCAUUACACAGUCUACCAAAACAUUUACUGCAGCAGAGAAGGCUGAGAAGAAACGAGCCAGCUUUCUUGAAGGAACAUUGCGGAGGAGUUUUCGCAGUGGCUCUGUCAGCAAACAGAAGGUUGAGGAGGAUCAGAUGUUAGACAUGUGGGUCAAAGAAGAAAUCUCAGCUGCCAGGACUAGUAUUAUUGAUAAAUGGAAAAAACUCCAGAGGAUGAACCAGGAGCAGGCUAUGGCAAAGUAUAUGGCUUUGAUUAAGGAAUGGCCUGGCUAUGGCUCAACGCUCUUUGACGUAGAGUGUAAAGAAGGGGGAUUCCCACAAGAGUUGUGGCUUGGAGUCAGCGCUGAUGCAGUGUCUGUCUACAAGCGUGGGGAAGGAAGGCCUCUGGAGGUGUUCCAGUAUGAACAUAUCUUGUCAUUUGGUGCACCGCUUGCCAACAUCUACAAGAUCGUGGUGGAUGAAAGAGAACUGCUUUUUGAAACUAGUGAGGUGGUUGACAUUGCAAAGCUGAUGAAAGCUUACAUCAGUAUGAUCGUGAAAAAACGCUACAGCACCUCUCGAUCAGUGAGUAGUCAUGGAAGUCAGGGCAGCUCCAGGUGAAAACAAAACCAGUUCCACUGUGCUCCAAAUAGAACAUAUCACUGCUUGGCCUCAAAACGACCUGAUGAUAAUGAUCGCAUCUGUUGACAAGCUAACAUAGAACCGGAGUUUCCACAGAAAAUAUCGUCAAACAUUGUUUUAGAAAUACCACAGGGUGGGACAGGAAAAUCAUCUGAAAUAGUUACAUACUAGAACUGCGGGCUCAUUCAAAACUUUCCAAAGCAUUAUUAUCUUCAGUUGAUGUAACAAAUGCCUUAAGACUUGAUCCACUGCGAUACAAGCAGUUAUAAGUGCCUUGCAAUAUUAAACCCAACUUGUAUUGACCUAAAAUUGCUGAUAAAAGUCAAGAGGAGGUUUGUUGGGUUUUCUUUGAUCUUUCAGAACACUGAAAACAAAGUUACAUUCAUCCAUUCUGCACUAAUCUACUGGCCUAUACACAUGUGGGAAGGGGAAGAAGAGCAAGGUAUAUUUCUUGGAGAGCUGCUGGCAGCCUUCCUGAUGGACACCAACAUUUUGUUUCCCCUUGCUUCCACAGAUGUGCACACUGUGCAUGUGUAUUUGAGCUGUCAGGAAAAUUUGAUUAAUUUUAUUCUGUAUUUCAGAAGUCUUUUGAAGCAAAGGGAGUAAGUAUGUGCAAUGGUGUAAACAGUCCUUCUGUACAUUUUAAUAGUUCAGAGUUAUAGUUGUUACAAUUGUAGGGUUACUUUAUAAGCAGUUUUAUUAACAAAUUCCAAAAUUUUCAUACAUUGAUUUUACUAUUGCAAAUAUGUAUUACCGUAUAAGUACCAGAAGUCUGCAUUCUGUAUCUGCUGUAUUAUAAAGAGAGAUGUAGCUGAGAAUAUUUAUAGAUUACCCUAAUAUGGAAAUUAUCAGUUCAAUAUUGCAUAAUGUCAGCUUGAGGUUUUAAUAUUAAUUUUUUUCUUUUAAAGACAUCACCCUUUUAUAAUUCUGGCUGGACUUGCCAACCCAGACUGGCUGCCAAAGGUCAGAGCCCUUCACAGUCAAUUAGAGAACGCAAAGUUAUACAACACACCUGCUUUAAUACAGAGUUCUCUAUUUCACCUGGUUGCCUGAUGAAGGUUCUUGACAGUACCAUGUAAAUAAAUUGGGGAAUAUCAGCUAAUAAUAAGCUGAUUUUGGACUUUUAUUUUUGUACAGAAAUACUGUAAUAUAAGGCAAAGCUUUGAUCAAAGGUAUCUUUUUGUCCACAGCAAAAAAAGAAACCUGAAAAACCUUACUGUUAUUAAAAACCUCAGCCUUUAAAGAAUCAUGCGUACUUACUGAAAAUAAAGAAAGUCCAGCAAUAAAGAAAAUAUAUGUGG